CUAGGCGCAGAGGAAUGUUCUUCAAAAACAGAGCAUGAAAGCGGGGAAAAUCAUUUCUUGAAUAAAAAGAAACCAACCUUCUGUUGGUCGAAAUGUCCUCCGAAGUUAAUCGUUUGCAAGAAUUUGGAUUUUCAGGUUCGAUCUCGUUACUGGGUUUUGGUUUAAUUACUCUGUUUGGAUGCCAAGAAAACAGAGCAAGUCAUAGAAAGUGAAAUUCGCUUGAAUUCUUGGAUGUGAUCUUCUUCUCUUUUGAUUCUUCUACUGUUUCUCCUCUCUUUCUUUUUGGGCAUAGAUCAAAUUAUAAAUUUUCUGCCUAAUUUGGGUAUUCUGCUCGAACCCAACUUUGCAGAGAUGGCUGGAGAAAGAAAGAAGGUGGAUGAGUUUCCACCGAUCAUUCCACAAAGAGAAGACGACCAUAGACGACCGGAAUCCAAAUUCGACUUGCGCAAGAGUUUUGCUUGGGAUAGUGCCUUCUUCACAAGUCCAGGAAUUUUGGAUUCCGAAGAGUUGUUUGAGACUCUGAAUGUUAGGAAUUUGGAGAAUGGGGUUGACAAACCCGAUCACAGGGAGCAGAAAUGUUUACCUUCUGAGUCUUUGGACCCAGAAAGAACGAGUACAGUUGGUGAAUGUAAUCCCCGCAGAAGUUUGGCGUGGGAUAGUGCCUUUUUCACUAGUGCAGGGUUCUUGGAUCCAGAAGAGUUGUCUAUGGUAAACAGAGGUUUCAAGAAGUCUGAAGCACCCAUGCUUCCUGGAAUUGUGGAAGAAUUUAAGCGGUCUGCUGACUCAUACUCUACGAUAGAUACUGAUUACUCCUUAGUGAGCCUCGAGAUUGAUCUUUUUGAUGACAUGAAAGCAUCGGUACAUAAAUCAAGCAAGGCAUCCGGUCUUUCAUUUUCAAGUUCAGAAUUGGGUAGAGGAACUGGCACACAGAACUUCCACUCUUUAAGAAAAGUGGAUGGUUCCUCUAGGACGAGGAUUGAGCCCGUACCGGCUUCAAGGAGGCAAUCUGUCAAGAAAUAUGGUAAGGAGAUGAUGGCCAAAGAGGAAGAGGUUGCUAUUCUUCCACGAUCACAGGCUCAAGUAAAGGGUCCUGCUCGAAAUAGAGAAUCAAAUUCUUCAUCCUCUUCUAAGCCAUUAAAGACACUUCACAAGCAGGCUGAGCCUCUGUCAAGUUCUGCCAUCAAAAGGGCUUAUGUGGGUGCAAACACUGAGAAAAUGGAACAUAAAAUCAGAAAGGAUUCAUUUGUUACAGGGCAAGAUAUCUCAAAGAGACCUUGUUGUGGUAGUGACUCAGGCAGUGGUGUUCCCUUGACACCAUCACCGGGAUCAGCUUCUUCCAAAGGGUCUGAUAGUUCCCUAUCAAAAUCCAUGAAUAAAUCUCUUUUAAACUCUCUGAGAAAAAAGAACUGUUCGAGAGUGGCUGCUUAUGAUUCAAGCUCUAGUACUCCUUCAAGGGCAUUAAUGGGAAGCAGAAGCAAGCUAGAAUUUUACAGCCAGCCUGUUCACUCGUUGUCCACAUCCAAGUCUUCGUCUACAUCACCUUCCAGUUCAAUUAACGGAUGGUCCAUGGGAUCAUCAACUUCUAUGAAUCAAAUAUCUGAUGAUUCCAAAGCAAGUUUGGAUGCUACCCUCCAUAGAGGAGUUUCUUUGGACACUAAUGCCUCUCAAGGAUCCGAUAAUGGGAGCCAUUCUUGUAAUCGAUCCUCUGCAGAAAGUAAAGGUAAAGAAAUGAAGUUGACAAAUCAACAUGUUGAUAGAUUCUCAAAGGAAGCUGGUUCACAAUCCCCCACUGUUUCAGGGAACUUAAAACCGUCAGGUCUUCGAAUGCCAUUGCCAAAAAUUGGAUUCUUUGAUAUGGAGAAAUCCAUGGCUUUAGCACCAAAUUGUAACCUGAAGUUCCAUGCCGGCUUACAAUCUUCUUCUAAACUUAGAAGCAGUAUGAGUAACCUUGCUCGCACUUCAAAUAGAGGAAAAUGCAGUAAGUUUGAAUUGCCAAGAGCAUUAAUGAGGACAGGGAGGGUGAAGCUUUCUCUAAAAACUGGAGCCUCAUCUUUCGAUCUGGACAUCCGACCUAUAUGUCCUACAGAUGUGGAAGUAAAAACUGAUUCUCUUCCAUCUGAUUCGAAGGAAGAAGACGAAAGGAAGCAAGGACUUGGGGGAAACAAAAGUGGAAAAGAAUGCAGGGCAGAAACUUGCCAAAUGGUUAAGAAGCAAGAUCUGAAGCAGAAUGAAGAUGCAAGCACAUUCUGUCUGGAAAUUAACCCUCAUACGGUUCAUGGCAAUAACAAGGAAAAGGAAAAUAUAUGCAAUUUUGCGAAUGAAGUCGAUAAUCUAAGUAGAGGCAUCGAAGCCAUUGAUUUUAGCAGGGAUUCGUGAUAGAACUACAGAUGAGAAAUUCCCCUUUUUGGUGCAACUUGUUCUGCCAUAGAUAGAUGUUAGAAGAGUUGAGUCAUCUUUCUUAGAUAAGAAGCUUUAUGAAGGAUUGUUGAACAUCUACAAAACCCUAGUCCAUUUUCCUCCUCCUUUUUUCCUUUUUUUUUUUUUUUUCUUCUGACAAGCCUUGUCCAUUUUCCUGUUUCAUGUGAUGUGGGCUUUUUAAAACUUCCCUAUCUCAUGUGUGAGCGUGAGCCCGAAGUCGGGAGUUCAUGAAUGAAGAGAGACCAUCUCA